AAGAGGUUAGUUGUGCACAUUUUGUGCAUGACGAUGGUGUUUACAAUGACAAUGGUACCAGUGACACCAAGAGAAUCACCUUUAGUGAUGGCAACAGAGCACUAGGUUCUACAAGCUUUGGUAAAGAAUUAUAGCAUAUGGAUCCUCUAUCCGGUGUUCCUAAUGGGAAAUAUGCUUCACCUAUUCCUCAUAGAAAUGAGGUAGAUGAUUAUGGCCUUCUAACUCUUCCCCCCACAUCUGAUGGAGGAUCUCUUCCUCCAAUCAACAUUUCUCAUGGAAAAGAUCCUACACCAUUUCCUCAGGGACAUAAGGUUGAUGAUUAUGGCAUUUUGAAUCCUCCCUCCAUAGAAGGAUCUCUUCCUUUACCAGGUGUUCCUCAUGGAAAAGAUUUGAUGCCUCUUCUUGAAAACGAGGUUGAUGAUUAUAGCAUUCCAAAUCCUCCCCCUACAGAAGGAUCUCUUCCUUCACCUAGCGUUCCUCAUGGAAAAGAUUUGAUACCUUUUCUUCAUGAAAAUGAGGUUGAUGAUUAUGGCAUUACGAAUCUUCCCUUCAUAAGAAGAUCUCUUCCUCCACUCAGCAUUCAUAAUGGAAAAGAUUUGAUACCUUUUCUUCAUGAAAACGAGGUUGAUGACUAUGGCAUUAUGAAUCCUCCCCCCACAAGAGGAUCUCUUCCCCCACCCAAUGUUCCUCAUGGAAAAUUAGCCUAAGCAAUUCUUCUUCUCCCUUAUAGGUGUCCUUUGAAGACUAUCUAUGUCAUUCUUAUAUAGCAGCUUCAUUUUAUUCAAUAAUAUUUUAGUAUGCCUUUCUUUUAGUUUUUCUUCUCUUUUUUCCAUGCUUUAACUUCUUGCAUAUUCUCUUUUUCAAAAUCAACCCAUGCUUAUCAC